AUGAUUUUGGAAGCUUUUAGCACAAUGCAAUAUAACAUCACUGAAGUAAUGCCCAGCAUAGCUCCAGCAACAGCCGCCUCUGUACUUGUCUUUAUUUUCCUUCUUAUUGUGAUCUGGAGCCAUGAAGAAACAUCAUCAAUACCAGGUCCAUCAUACUGCAUGGGACUCGGUCCACUGAUUUCCUACUGCAGGUUCCUACGGACAGGAAUAGGCAGCGCCGCUAACUAUUACAACAAAAUGUAUGGGGAAGUUGUAAGAGUCUGGAUUAAUGGUGAGGAAACUCUGAUUAUCAGCAAAUCAUCAGCUGCAUGCCAUGUAAUGAAACACGGCCAUUAUACUUCAAGGUUUGGUAGCAAACGUGGGUUACAGUGCAUCGGAAUGAAUGAAAAUGGAAUCAUAUUUAACAGCAAUCCAUCUUUAUGGAAAGUGAUUCGCCCAUUCUUCACAAAAGCUUUGUCAGGACCUUGCCUUAUGCAGACCACCGAGCACUGUAUUAAUUCAACAAAACACUUCCUAGGAAAACUGGAAGACGUGACCAAUGACUCCGGAAAUGUAAACGUGUUGAAGCUAAUCAGGCUAAUUAUGUUAGACACUUCUAACAAGCUCUUUCUCAGAGUCCCUUUGGAUGAAAAUGAUAUUGUUCUGAAGAUCCAGAAAUAUUUUGAUGCAUGGCAGGCACUUCUGCUGAAACCAGAUAUAUUUUUUAGAAUUUCCUGGCUGUACAAGAAGUAUGAAAAGUCAGCCAAUGAUUUGAAAGAGGCCUUGGAAACACUAAUUGAACAAAAACGUCAGGAGCUUUCAACCUCAGAGAAGCUGGAUAAGAAUAUGGAUUUCGCAUCAGAACUCAUAUUUGCCCAGAGCCAUGGAGAUCUCACUGCAGAGAAUGUCAACCAGUGCAUCUUGGAGAUGUUGAUUGCUGCCCCUGAUACCUUGUCCGUGUCUCUCUUCUUCAUGUUAGUCUUGAUUGCUCAACACCCAAAGAUUGAAGAAGCGUUGAUGAAUGAAAUCAACACUGUUGUUGGAGAUAGGGAAGUGGAGAGCAGUGACAUGCAAAACCUCAAAGUUUUGGAGAACUUCAUCUACGAAAGUAUGCGGUAUCAGCCGGUUGUAGACUUGGUUAUGCGCAAAGCUUUAGAAGAUGAUAUCAUCGAUGGAUACAAUGUGAAGAAGGGCACUAACAUCAUUUUGAACUUGGGACGCAUGCACAAAGUCGAAUAUUUUCCAAAGCCCAAUGAAUUUACCCUGGACAAUUUUGAGAAGACGGUUCCGCAUCGUUACUUCCAGCCAUUUGGCUUUGGUCCACGUGCAUGUGCAGGGAAGUACAUAGCCAUGGUGAUGAUGAAAGCGAUUCUCGUGACUCUUCUAAAGAGAUACAGGGUGAAGAUGCUACAAGGAAAAUGCCUGGAGAACAUACAGAACAACAAUGAUCUGUCCACACACCCUGAUGAAACACAGCCCUCAUUAGAGAUGAUUUUCAUUCCUCAAAACACAGCUAAACUCAAACACUAGCAGAGAAUAUAAUAAUCUCUGCCAGAUCUGGAAUAUCUGAAAUGUAAUUAGUAUAGACUUAGUGUCAGCCUUAGUCUGUGUUAAAUCUUGAUUUGACUGCUGCUGUUUGUACUAUGGACGUAACGUUCAUUGUGAUUAAGUUAUGUGUCAGUUAUAUGUCUGUUAGAAUUAUAUAUAUUUUAUCUAUAUUUA